AUGAUUUCAGGUUCUUUCAAUAAUGUUCUUUCAUUGUCUGCGUCUACAACAUCGGGUUCCAGUGGUCGAACUCGAGUGGACUCCCUCCAAACUCCUGACCCAUCCAAAAUAACUGAAGGGAAGGUCAUAACUUUGACCACAGGUCUCACAUCCUUCGAGCCCCCCUCCCUGCGCUCAGAGACCUCCUCUCCGGUUUCAACCCAUUCUGAUGCCAAUUCACUUAUUGGCAGCACUCGCAGUUCCCGGCGUGGAAUGCGACCUGCAAGCAGGAGUCACCCAUACCUGCAUCGUGGUGCUCCUAGUACCCAACUGGAGCUGCGCUUUGCCCUGAAGGGAAUCCGAGGAACCCCUGACAUCAAACUUACUGAUGCCAUAAAGGGGCGGGACAUUUUCUUGCGUGGUCUCUCGUCUUUGUCAAGUGACUACGAUAAUGUCAAGCAACUUGGUUGGGAGAUCCAAGAGGUAGAAUACAACAAACUACUCCUCAAAGCAUUUGAGCAGAAGGAGAAGAAGCGACUGAAAAUGGCAGAGUCGGAUUAUCGCCUCUUCAAGAAGCUCUUAGAAUCGCACAAUUCUGAGCUCGAAUCCCUAGCUACGGCUGACGAGCAGCUUUAUCAAAUUUCAUCUGUAUCACCACUCGCAACAAAAUAUGUCUCUCACAGACUUCCCAACAGUAGUGACACUGGAAAGGGUUUUCGGCCAGGGAUUCACUCGGACCUUAAUCCCAGUGGCCAGUCGGUUGCCAAUCAACUUGGCUUACCUGGUGAUCGCGCAACAACACCCGCAGAACAUCGCGUUCAAAUGCCCAUCUCACAGCAGCAUCAUGCACAACUUGAGCCCCAGUACCAUCAACCCCCGCCGCCGCAAUAUUCCCAGCCUCGACACCAAGCUCCGCUCAUGCACCAUCAGCAACCCCCAGCCAUGCACCAUCAGCAGCACCUGGUCACGCACCAUCAGCAACCCCCGCUCAUGCACCAUCAGCAACCCCUGCCCAUGCACCAUCAGCAACCCCCGCCCAUGCACCAUCAGCAACCCCCGCCCAUGCACCAUCGGGACGAGGAUAGAGCACUAGCCAACACAUAUGCUGGUGCAUUUGCCCUCCUCCGCGCACCAUCGUCAAGGCAGCCAUCACAACCAGAUUUGGUCGGAAAUGGGUCUUUGGCCCCAUGGGGGGCCGCGCGGCUUGUCGCUCUGGCCCCCCUUCACUUGGGAGAGAACACCCAUGGGAGAGAACCCAGGGUGUUAUUCGACGGGAGACGACGACGCAAUGCGAGACUUCCUCCCAUGCCAGAGCUACCAUCAGCUGAUCCUGCCGCUGCACCUGAUUUGCCCGAGGAGUCUGGGUCAAUUGUGGACCUGCCCGUUUCGAGCCGCAUAAAGCUCUCGACGAAAUCAGCCCAAAAGUUGAAAGAAAUCGCGAAGAGUAAGCUUCGGGCACUUCUACUGAACGUGGAUGCGGAAACAGAUGGUGCCCCGAAUGAUGAGCUUCGCGAUAAGAUGAUACACAAUGCGUUGCAAGCCGCGAAAAUUGAACAAUUUGGCCAAGCGCAAAUUGAGGACAUCAGCGGUAUCAACAAUUUUAUGGUGGCCGCAAUAGCAGAUAUGCGACGCGGGUUCAAAGUGUACGCAAUGAAAACAGUUCCAGUUGGCUAUGGUCUGCGCCUGCCACUGUUUUCGGAACAGGAUGAGUCAGUGCAUGGGCGAGAUCGAGUCAGUGUUCUAUUAGACGAUUCGAGAUACCUUCACCAUAUUGAAGAGAGCAUGGGUGACACGGAGGUUCGACGAUUACUGGAGAACGAAGUUCUCAUCAACAUGGUCAUUGACCUUUUGAAAGACGGAUUAUCGGACAUUGUACAGGGCCCACUCGAUCGUUUGUUCGCAGCAUGUGGCUGCAACAAUCCGCUGCGUGCUAUAUGCCCAUCGAACUGGUCAUUUCGUUGA